GGUGCCGCCGCCGCCGCCACUGACAUCUACGUCGACGUCGACGCAGGGGCCCACCACCGCAACGAGCGACACAGUCGGCGGCGCCGUCAGCCAAACGCCCCUCGCAGCACCCACCCUCUCCCAGCAGCAGCAGCAGCCUCCCGCUGGUCUGGCGGCGACCACGGCAGCAGCUCCGGCGGCCCCUAAGCCGUCCAUGCCUCCUCCCCUCACCCUUCCCUCCACCUCCACCCCCACCUCCACCACCCCAGCUGCUGCCUCCACGCACACCUCCCAAUCCGGUCUCCCUCCUCCCACCCCUCCCUCCACCACCUUCCACUCCCAGCCCCCCUCCCAAACCCCCCAGCCACCCCCCCUCCCACACCUCCCUGCGCUCCGCACCCUCUCCCUCUCCGCCGUCCAGCUCCUCCAAGUCCCCUCCUGGCUGCCCGCCGGCCUGCAAGUCCUGGACCUCAGUCGCAACAACCUACGCCGCCUGCCCUCCUGGCUGUGUCGCCGCCUGGCGCCCAGCCUGACCGUCCUCAAGCUGCACACCAACCGGCUGGAGGCGCUGCCCGGGGAGCUGCGGCUGCUGAGCCACCUGCAGCUGCUGUCGCUGGAGGAGAACCCCAUUGCCAGUCCGGAGCGCAUUGCCACGCCGCAGGGGGCGGGCUGGGCGGCGGAGUGGCUGUACCGCAAGAAGUACCGCAGCAGGCCGGAGAUCAUGGCCAGUCUGGGUCAGGAGCAGACCACCACCACCGCCACCGGGCUCACCGGGGGCCCUUCCGCCCUCAGCGCGGUCAGCGCGGAGAGCUCGGUGGCGCCCACCGCUAGCAGCAGCGCCGCCGCCAGGAUCGCAGCAGCGGGAGCGGGAGGAGGCGGAGGAGGAGGAGGCGGUUCGCAGCGGUCUACGAUGGUGGGCUCGAGUGGUUUCAACACGGCCAGGAGUGCGAAC